AUGUCCGUUCCUCACAAAGUUGGGUCAGUGAAAUCUAAACAGGCACCUAAUGUUAACACCCACCAAAAGGCAGCUGUGGCAAAGGGUGUCAAAGCCAUUGGAAAGAAGAAGGAUGAAGAGGAAGGGCUAGACACAGCCGAAGGAGAGGAAUGGAUGCAGGGGAAGACUCUCGUGAAGCCUCCAGACCAGCUGGACUUAACUGAGGCAGAGCUGAAUGAAGAGAUUACCAGAGUCCUAAAAGCAAGCAAUCCAAAUGCUCCACAAAACGUUGUCAGAUACAGUUUCAAAGAGGGCUGCUAUAAACCAAUUGUCUUUGUGGAUCAGAUGGCUAUUCACUUUGAACUAGAAGGGAAUCUUGUGCACAAGGACUCUGAUGAAGGUCGGAGAUUGAUGGCUGAACAAGCUGAAGUGGAUGAUGGUGGAGGAGAUGAGAGGCCAGACAAUGUGGCCAUCAAAGCUGGCAAGAGAGAGCAGAAACUCACCAACCAAUUCAACUUCAACGAGAGAGCCUCUCAGACAAUAAACAAUGCUCCAAGAGACAUAAGUUGUCAAACUGAGCCUCCUCCUCGUGCAAACUUCUCAGCUACAGCCAAUCAGUGGGAGAUUUAUGACUUUUACGUAGAGGAACUUCAAAGGCGGGAGAAAAGUAAAGAGAAGCACGAAGGCCAGUUCCUUAAUAAGGAGGAGGACAGGAGCAAGAAGAAGAUGAUUCAAGCUGAGACUCAGAAUGAUGACAUAUCCCAACUAGCUAUGGUGGUCAAGAUCAUUGAGCGUAUGGUGAAUCAAAAUAUAUUUGAUGACGUUGCACAAGAUUUCAUGUACUUUGAGGAUGCAUCCGAUGAAUUUAGAGGAGAGAAGGGCACUCUUCUCCCACUAUGGACGUUUCAGUAUGAUAAAGCCAAAAGUCUGUCUGUGACUGCCCUCUGCUGGAAUCACAAAUACAAUGAUUUGUUUGCUGUUGGUCUUGGUUCUCAUGAAUUUACUCAGCAGGGGGGUGGCCUGAUUCUCUUCUACACCCUAAAAAACCCAAGUUACCCUGAAUUCAUCUUUAACACGGCCUCAGGAGUAAUGUGUUUAGACAUCCAUGAACAUUUGUCCUACCUGGUGGCUGUGGGAUUGUAUGACGGCUGUGUCGCAGUGUACAACCUGAAGAAAAAGACUGAUCAGCCUAUUUAUAACAGCAGAGCCAGCUCCGGCAAACACACAAGUGCUGUGAUGCAGGUGAAGUGGCAGAAGGAUGAUUUGGACAGUAAUCACAACUUCAUCUCUGUGUCUGCUGAUGGACGAGUGGUGUCUUGGACUCUUGUAAAGCAUGAACUAGUCUUUACGGACAUUAUCAAGCUCCCAGUCAUUGACACAAUUCCAGAUGACUUGAAGGAUGUCAUUCCAACAGUUGGAACAUCUUUGGACUUCCACAAACAAAAGGACUACAGCUUUCUUGUUGGCACUGAGCAUGGAAAGAUUCACAAGGGCUCCAAAUACUAUUCUAGCAAGUUCCUGGAAAAAUAUGAUGCCCACUUCAUGAAUAUCACUCGUGUGAGGUGGAAUCCCUUCCAUCCUGAUGUCUUCAUCUCUUGUGGCUGGGACUGGAUGGUCAAAAUUUGGGAUCAAACUAUGAAGUCUCCCGUUUUCACCUUUGAACUGAAAACUUCAGUGACAGAUGUAGCCUGGGCUCCAUACUCCUCUACUGUCUUUGCUGCUGUCACCACUGAUGGAAAGGUCCAUGUGUUCGACCUCAACAUCAACAAAUAUGAGGCUCUCUGCCAGCAAAAAGUGGUGUCCAAGAAGACCAAGCUCUUCAACAUCGAAUUCAACCCUGUCCAUCCCAUCAUCAUCGUGGGCGAUGACCGCGGCCAUGUCACCAGCCUCAAGCUCUCUCCCAACCUCCGCAAGAAGCCUAAGGAGAAGAAGGGUCAGGAUUUGCCGAAGGGGCCGGAGGUGGAAAUAGCAAAGAUGGAGCAACUGUUGAGCUCACUGAGGUAGCCUGGGAACAAUCAGCAGAACUGAGCCACAGUAAGACCAGGACGACUGCAAAUACUACAAAUUCACUACAAACACUAAAAUAUACAGUGGGUAUAAAAAGUCAGCACACCCCUGUUAAAAUAUUU